AUGGCGUCUACCGAAGCUGAAUACGAUUUUGGUAGUCUAAUAGAAGAUUUAAAAGAUAUUGAUGUGUCUAUUGAGAUAUUAGAUGAUACUAAAUCAGCACUUAAAAAAGGAACAGCAGGUACAAAUCACGAACAAUAUGCUAUAAUUAAUAAACUUAUUAAAUCAAUGUUAACUGAGCCUGCUCGAAGUAUUGUGUAUGAUGGUUUAAAAUACAUUUUCGUUAGAUGUAUUGAACAACAAGGAAAGCCCCUGGUUUAUAUAUUUGUAUCUUUUGAUUUUGAUAAAAAUAAUAAAAAAAGAGGUAUGUUAAUAACAUCUAUCAAGUUGGCACUUAUUUUUACGUUUGACAAUAUGAAAAUGAAGCCCAUAACAGCUAAAAUUAUAAAUGUGUUAGAUCAGUAUCUAGCAGAAUUAAAUUAA